CCCCUCUCCCCCCCCCCCUCUCUCGCUUCCUGCCCGGCGGAAUAUAUCACGCCUGAUGUCGCUCGACCGGACGCCCCCCCUGCUGGUCGAGGGCGCGUGUGACCUGGGCGCCUUCGUCCAGGCGGCGCGCGAUCUUGGGCCGGACCUGGCCGCGGCGCUGCGACGCCUGCUUCCAGACGCGCCGGCGCCCGGGGCCGGUGUCCUCUCGGUGGCCUUCGUCCUGGGCAACGACCUCCCCUCGGCCGUGGUUCUCGGGGCCCUGGCGCACCUGGCCGCCAUGGCCGCCGUCGGGGCGCCCCUCCUGCCGGAGCUCCAACUCACGCUGAUCCCCGACGCGCGGGCCACCGGGGAGGUCCUCCAAACGGUGGCCUGCGAUGCCCUGCCGCGAGCGGUCAUCGCCGUGGCCGCUGACCGCAGCCCCGACGGUCGCCCCCGGCUGACGUGCACCCACCAGGCGGACCCCCUGCUCGGUGCGGGGGCCCUGCUGCCGGCCGACCUCCCCCUGGUCCUGGAGCGUGGGCAGGCACCGGCGGGGCCCCCGCCGCCCGGCAGCUCGGCGCUGCCCUUUGCCACGGGCCGGGCCCCCGCACAGGAGGUCCGUUUGCUGACCUCCGGCUCGACCGGGGCCGUGAAGCUGGUGGCGCUCUCCUGGCCGGCGGUAUGGCGGCAGGCACGCGCGUGGUUCGACUCGGCCUUCAUGCCGGCCGGCGGGCCGGGCCCGGGGCAGGCCGGGCGUCUGCCGGCCGGCGGGUGGGCCUGCCUGCCGGUGUCGCCGCUGGCCCAUGCCUAUGCCAUCAAUGCCUUCUUUGCCUUUGCCCUGCCGCUGCUGGAGCUGGCCCCGGCCCAGGGCGACAGGUACCCGCCGGGGCAGCUGCUCUUCCUGGCCGACGGGCCGGCCGGCCUGGGGGCCAUGCUGCGCCGGGCGGCCGCCCGCCGGGUGGCCCUGACGGUGUGGGCCUCGCCGCCCUUUUACCGGCGGGCGGCGGCCGCCAGCGGCCCCGGGGCCAUCUGCGAUCCGGCCCCCGGGGCAUGGCUCUACUGUGCGGGCUCGCCGCUGGACGCGGAGCUCCGAGCAGCGGCUCCCCCGGGCCUGGGAGCCCCGCUGCUGGCCAAUUACGGCUCCACCGAGACCGGGCUGAUCGGGGCCUGCUGGCCGGGGCGCGCGGCCGGGGCGCCUGUCGGCCACCAGGGCGCCGGCCGACGCCGGCCGGCCCUCACCUUUGCGGGGGUGCCGCUUGCUACGGUUGAGCUGCGCGGCCCGGAGGCCGGCGCCUGGCCGGCCGGCUGCUCGCUACGCCACCCGGCCGAGCGGGGCGAGGUGCUUGUCCGGUCGGCCUGGCUCGGGCGCGGCUACCUCCAUGCCGGGCAGGUGGUCGCCUUUCCCCUGGAUGCCGGGGGCUUCUUCCGGACCGGCGACGCGGGGGCCCUCCUGCCGGGCCAUGACGGGCGCCCGGAGAUCUGGCUCGGCGGGCGCCUGCGGCCGGGGCCGUGCCUGCCCGCUGGCGGCGGCGCGCACCUGGACCUCCGCGCGGUGGAGGAGCUGCUGCUGGAGGGGCUGCCCGUGAGCGAGUGCGCCGCGGUGGUGAUCCCCCCCGGCGGCCGGGGCGCCUGGCGCCUGGCGGUAUUUGUGGCCCCGGCGGCCGUGGGCCACUUGGCGGCCUCCGCCAGCCUGCCGGCGGCCGUGGUCCGGCUUCUUCUUGAGCACCAGCCUGCCCUGGCGGUGGUGCCAUUCGGCCCGGGGGAUGUGGCGGUCCUGCCCCAGUUGCCCCGGUCGCUGGCCGGGAAGCUGCUGUACUCGGAGCUUGUGCGUGCGCUGCCUGGGGAUCGUGGCGGCGCGGUGCCGCCGGCCGCUCCUGCUCCUGCUCCGCCGCCUGCGCCGCAUGAUGGCCCCCAGCCGGCCGGCGCGGAGGGGCCCACCCCCAGCGGGUAGCGCAGCCGGGCCGGGCAAAUGCAUGCCAGGGCCCUGCGCACAUCUCCCAAGCAUGUGUGCGCGGGGGUGUCCCCCGCCUCCGGCCAGGGCGGGGGGGGGGACGGCCCGGCGAGAGUGUGCCCGGCGCCGCUGGCUGUCUGUGUGUUACAUAUAAAGAUCCAUGUGCACA